AUUUUUGGUGUUCAUGCAGGUGACUUCAGUCCAAGUGUUUGCAAGUUUAUUGCAACAAGAGACUAUGAAAACCACAACUCAGGGAUACUAGCUUGGGUCACAUCCUUCACUUCAGAGAAUCCUCUGGGAUUGGUGGAGUUAAAUGAAUUUGUUUUUGGAGCCAAUCCAAGGAUUGACAUUUUACACAGAGUUGUUGUCUGGUGGAGAGCAAAAAAUAGAGCUGGAACUGCAAAAGUCAAAAAUCGCGCAGAAAGAAGAGGUGGUGGAAGAAAGCCUUGGAGACAAAAAGGAACUGGAAGAGCACGACAAGGCAGCAUAAGAGCGCCACAAUGGAGAAAAGGUGGUAGAGUACAUGGUCCUGUGCCAAAGAGCUACAAGUAUGGAUUGCCGAAAAAAGUCAGAAGAAUGGGUCUACGUACUGCUCUCUCUGUCAGAUAUGCACAGGGACAUUUGCACAUUGUAGAUUCAUUUGAGGAUAUUGAAAACGAUCGGGAUUUGAUUCCAAUCUUGGACAAAAGACGCUGGACGAAUGUAGUCCUGGUUGAUUCCACACCUAAUGAAAUAAUCACAGAGGCUGCAGAAGGGAUGAAGACUGUAGAUGUGCGUCAUCCCAAAAACCUAGAUGUCUACACAAUAUUACAUCGCAAAAACAUUGUGAUGUCCUUGAAGGCUGUUGAGUUUCUUGAGGAUAUCCUUUGUGAAGAUGAUAGGAUACUCAUUAACAAGUUUGACUAAGCUUUUCUUGUAGCUUUGCUCCUUCUUUGUAAAUAUUCUA